ACUACCGUCGUUCGUUAUCUCCAUGCGACAAUAAUUUUAUUUAUAAAUUGUGAUAUCUUAUAUGCAUCGUUACUGCUCAACGGUGAAAUCUCGAAAUGUUUCAAAAACGGAAAAGUAUCAUUUAGACAUAACCUAAGCACUGUGUUAUAGCAAAAAAUAUUUUGUUAAAAACUUUUUGGUAAAAAUUGUAUGACUGAGUUACAUAAACAUUUAUCAGAUACAGUAGUCCCUGUUACCAGACGUUCCAGAAGGAACAAGGAAUCUUACUUGAGCUUGAAAGAUAAUGGAUUUUAAUAAUACAAAAUUCGAUACUAAAACAGUUGAACCCUUUCCGUUACGUACUUCACGAUUUUGAUAUAUUUUUUAACCACAAUAUAUAAUUUGUAUCAGAAUUUCCCAUCCUUUUUUGUGCAGUAUUCUGCACUGGGUAAUUUUUUUAACGCAUCUUACGUGCAGUUUUGUAGAUCUUUUUGAGAAUGGAAGAUAAGGAAAAUAAACCAAGGCAACUGAGUUGCUUGACUCGGGGUCCAGGACCAGCAUAUCUAUUACCAACAUUAGUGGGUUACGUGGGACACGACCCAUCCCGUUACAGAAACCCAGCGUACAGUAUGAAUUUUCGAACACAUACAAACAUCUAUAGCGUGGGCCCGGGCCCAUGUUACAAAAUAGAUCAGCAAACGAAAUUUGGGAUAGAGAAAUCACCAGCUUUCACGAUGGGCCAUAGGGAAAUGUCAAAGUUACAGAACACAGGACCAGGUCCAGGAUCCUACAAUCCCGAACAUUGUCCACCGAUGAAUCACAGUAUCAGACCUGCUGCAUAUUCCAUACAAUCACGAUACGGUGGAAAGUUAACCGAUAGUGGACCUGGACCAAACGCAUAUCUGGUACCAACUUGCAUAGGACCCAAAAUUCCAGACAAGAAGGCAGAAGGAGCCUUCACUAUUUCUGGGCCACAUCCAGGAAGCCGAUACGAAUCGAGUCCUGGACCAGCUGCUUAUCGGAACGUUAAUUGUGAUUUGGUUAAAAAAAAAAUGCCGGCAUACACUGUAUCUUCAAGAGUUGGGCCUCGUGAGGCCUUUCGUGAUGGUCCAGGACCUCAGUAUUAUCCUCAGGUUUAUAAAGGAAAGAAACCUCCCAUGUAUUCAUUUGGUGUUAGACACAGCGAGUGUGCCACUACGCCCGUUACAGAAUAUGACGAAUAAAGUUUAUACUGGGAAUUCUAUUGUCACUUGUUUGAUUGACAACGUACCAUUGAACCCCUUAUUAAACAGUUUUUAUAUUCCGGACGUGAAGGAAUAUUAUUGUAGUUAGAAGGAUCACUAGUUAUCUAGAUAACUAGUAUAGAAUAUGUCAAUCAGUUUUGACAAUACAUUAAUAAGAAGCCAGAUAUAUCAACAUUGGCCAUGGCAAUGUAUUUUGAUAAAAAAUGGCGAUGUCAUUUUUCGAUCCUAAAAUAUAACAUUUUUGAAGCAGCAAAU